AUGACUCCUGCUGAUACUAAGAAACACUGGCUACCGUUUAACGUCUUCUUGAAUUGCCGCUACCGUCGUAACGAGAAUCACUAUCGUCCGCUGACUCCUCGUGAACGUGUUGAGAUUGUUACGCUGCUCAUGAACGCUACGAUGAGAUGCAAGCUGACGCAUACAAGUGUCGUGGGUCCGCGCAUUCUCUGGGAUACGUGCCCCGUCGACGUGAUUGCGCAUACUUCGAGCACCUUCUUGCAGGGCCCGAAGCGUACCAUGCCGAUGCCCGGAUCGAUGGGCGUGCCCCUAGACGUCUACUACCAGCUGUACCACGACUACAACACGACAUGCGCGUACGAGCCCGUCAUUCGAGCUGGAGGAAUCAGUUACCCUCAAGACACUAUUGAAAUCUGUAUCGAU